CGAGUUCCCGCCCCUUCGCGUUCCCGCGCCCGCGCUCCAGGGAGGAGCCGACCCGCGGCGGAAGCGGAAGUGCCGCGGCGGAAGUACCGGGGCCGCCGUUGCUGGGUUACCGCGAUGUUCCGCGCCGCUGUGGACAUCCAGCCCGCCUGCCUCGGGCUGUACUGCGGCAGGACCGUGCUGUCGGUGAACGGCUCCGUGGAGACUUACGGGGACUGCGGGGUGUGUCCCAGAGGCCAAAGAACCGAUGACAACAAAAUCUGCCGGGAGUGUUUGGGAUCUCCAGACCGCUAUGACUGGCUGUACCUCGGCUUCAUGGCCAUGCUGCCCCUGGUUUUACACUGGUUCUUUAUUGAGUGGUAUUCUGGAAAGAAGAGCUCCAGCGCGCUGCUGCAGCACCUGACGGCGCUGCUGGAGUGCAGCGUGGCGGCCGUGGUGACGCUGCUGCUCAGCGACCCCGUGGGCUCCCUGCACAUCCGCUCCUGCCCCGUCAAGAAGCUCUCGGACUGGUACACGAUGCUCUACAACCCCAGCCCCGACUACAUCACCACCGUGCACUGCACCCACGAGGCCGUGUACCCCCUGUACACCAUCGUGUUUAUCUAUUAUGCCUUCUGUCUCGUGUUGAUGAUGCUGCUGAGGCCUCUCCUGGUGAAGAAGAUUGCCUGUGGUUUGGGGAGGUCUGACAGAUUUAAAAGCAUUUAUGCAGCACUCUACUUCUUCCCCAUCCUCACCGUGCUGCAGGCCGUGGGAGGAGGCCUCCUCUAUUAUGCCUUCCCAUACAUCAUCCUGGUGCUCUCUUUGGUUACACUGGCUGUGUACAUGUCUGCUUCUGAAGUGGAGUUUUUCAAGGAUCUGCUCGUGAGGAAGAAAAGGCUCGUUGUGCUCUUCAGCCACUGGUUACUCCAUGCCUAUGGAAUCAUCUCCAUUUCCAAACUGGAUAAGCUUGAGCAGGACCUGCCUUUGCUUGCCUUGGUACCUGCCCCUGCCCUCUUCUACCUGAUGACAGCAAAGUACACGGAGCCCUCACGGAUCCUCUCUGAAGGUGGGAAUGGACAUUGAAAGGAGCCUGUGCCAACAACUGUCCCAGUGAUCUGGAUGAAGCAAUUUUAGUGCUUGUCACGCUUUGGAAACUUCUGUUUUCAAAAAGAAGUUGUUUAUGUGCCAGACUUUUGGUGAAACACCUCUGGGUGAGACUGUAUAAUAUUAAAAAGUUGCACUUUGUAUUCUUC